UUUGUUGUUUCAUAUCAUGAGGAGUACUAAUGGAAAUCUUGUUCAUCUUUUAUCAGUAAUAUUGUUUUUCUCAUCUCUAUUCAUUCUAAAAGGAUCAGCAAAAACAGGAGAAACGAAUUCCUCUGAUGUGGAGACACUAGCGUUGUUCAACUUCGAUAUACCAGCUGGUGAAGAUCCAUGUCUUCCUACACCAUUGUCAUGGCUUGAGUGCAGCUCGGAUGAUACCCCACGAAUUACAGCAUUAAAUCUCGGCGAUGCUGGACUAUAUGGAGCUAUCCCAGACUUUAGUGCCAUGGAUGCCCUUGAAAUCAUAUUUUCCAGAGACCUCAGCGAUAACCUUUUCUCAGAAGAAUUCCCGGAUUUCUUCGCAAACUUCCCGAAACUGAAAGUGUUGAAUUUGGCAUAUAACAGUUUUUAUGGAACAAUACCUACUUCAUUAUCAAAUAACAAGAAGUUAGAGCUGACGUUAACAGGAAUGGAGUCACUCUUGUGUUAUUCCGAUGAAGACACAUGCGAAACUGAUACAGGAACAGAAACUUCACCAGGAACAAAUGACGGAACACCAACUAGAACUUAUGGAUUAAUACCCACUGGUUAUACUCCUAGGAAAACAAAAAGUCACAAAAAGAAAACAGUACCGAUUGUGCUCGGAACUCUAAUUCCGAUUUUUCUAAUCUUUUGGGCUAUUGUUGGAUUACUAGUCGUCAACCAUCAAAAGAAAAAAGCUGCGGCAGAGCAAAAGAAUGGGGCUCAUGCGCCAGGAAAGCAAGUGCAUCGAAACGAAAUGGAAGACAAUACGCAGAGUCCCAAUCCAUUGCUGCCUGAAAACGAAAUGAAAUAUCAAGAUCCUGGGCUUGCCGCUGAAAACGUUAUACCUGAUCAUCACGAAGUAGAUAUCGACCAACAAGCAUACCCGACAGUCUAAGCUAUUUGAGUUGGAGCUUUUGUUAUUAAACUUAUUGUUUUGAUUGUUUUUAGGGAAUUUUGGGUUAUUAACCAAAAAACUGUUUUAAUAUAUUUGUAAAUCAUACCACUUGUGCUCUAUUAAAAUACGAAUUUCAUCACAGAAGUCAGUACUGUAAGUAUUAUGUGUAUUUGCAAGAAUUAUCACAGUACAAAAUGUUUAGUUUUGAAAAAAAAUAAAUUUGGGCUACUAUUAAAA